CCUCCCUCCCCACCCCGCCGCGACCUGUUUUCUCUCGGAGUGUUCAGAAGGCAACCUCAGCCCUCUCCUCUUCCUCCACUACACUUUCCAGAGCGAGGCCAUCGUGUUCUCUUGUCCUUACCAAGUAAGGAAGCAAGGACUGACAAUGCCUUCACAAGCUCCGACACCGCGUGCCACACGCAAUAGCCGUGGACUGCGCGGAAGUCCUAGUCCCAAACAGGUUUCGUCGGCUGCCGACUCGCGCCUGGGCGAUUCUGCGCGAGUUGCUCGUCGUCGUCGCAGCAGCCGAACACCAGUCGAUACCGAUCUUUCGUCUGCCCUCGGCACUGCCGUAGACACUCCUACCCCUCGUGCGCGGUUCGCCCAUAGCCCCUCCCGCAUCCGUGCUACCGCCCUAAAGGCGAUUUCAGAGGACCAGCAACAACCUGCGACUCCAACACCAACCAUUCGUCCUACGUCCUCCCGGCCGCCGAUCUUCCCUCCGCCCGUUUCCCUCCCACCAGCGACCCCCUACGUCCCAACUCCGCUACCGCGGUCAUCCUCUCCCCUCGAACACCCGCGAGUCACAGCUAUCAGAAGCAGGCCGACGAGAAGUCCAAGAAGAACCGCUCCUCCAAAAACACCGGCCCGGUACACCCGGUACGUUACAAGGUUCAUCGACCUAACACCACCUAUCUCGCCCGCCGCAACACCCCAAAGUCCCGGCAGUGAAACUGCCCUUUUCAAGCAGCGUCGAGAGCAAGAAGGCGAGGACAAGUUUGCAAGGGAGCUGUGGAUCGCCAUCCGGAACGAACACUACAUGAAAGGUUGCUGGUGUGGCCCGCCCAACAUUUACAACUCGAAAGAAGAGGCAGAGGCUGCGACGGGUCACCUGCGCUUCUACCUCGCCGGGUCUGAAAAUAAGAAGUUACGUGUUCUCCAGAAGAAGGACGACCAUCGUUGGCACUGCGUCUGCGGCAACAACGAGUAUCACGCGGUCUACAAGGACCUCUUAAACUCCAACGGAAAACGCCCGGCUGAAGACACCGAGGUCGACUUGCUCACGCAGAAUCAAGAGCCGCGAGGGGUAGAGGGCAGCCAGAGCGUGGAACGGGUUGUGGCUGCACCUACCGACCCGGUUACAGGAGCGGUGCAAUCACGCACGUUAGGGGCUGCCCAAGCGAAGAGUCCUGCGCCCGCCCAAUCCAUGUGGGCCCAGACUUACGGCAUCUUGAGCCGUGCAGUGGCGAUCAUGGGCAGCCCCAUUGUUGCUCUCCUUGAUACGCUCCGUGGGCAAUUCCUAGGCGAUGCCUAUGAGACGCUUGACACGCGCCGGACAAAUCCUGCCAAUGAUGCCAUUGUCGUCAAGAGGCUGAAGCGUCAAGCCCCUCUGUCUGGUACUGAACAGGCUUCUUCUGACAUCGACGGUGAUGGGUUUGACGACCUUGUUUGGGCCGAUGACCCUACCCAGCGCAUCGGACUCGACAAGCUCGAAAUCAUUUGCGCAGCCUUUGACACGCAGUACAAAAUCAUCAAAGACGACAAAGUCGUCCGCGGUUCGUCAAUCGACGAGAUACGAAACCAAGCCUCAGACCCUCGGAUAUACGAGACCAGUUUCAGUAUUUUCCAGUACCAAGAGUACCUGUACGGGCCACUGCACCCUGAAGCUUCCGACGCCGAGAGAGCCGAGCGGUGGGACGUGGCUGUGGAGGGCUACGAGCAAGGGCUGCUACUAUUCGGGCGUCUCGUGGCACAGAUCUACGGUCCCAGCCUGCUUGCGGAUCUCCGGCAGAAGCAUUCCAGGCUGCCGCGGCGCUUGCCUGUAGGAAAUAACGAGUUCAGAAAGGACUGCAUGAAGCUGGGCAGGUUCUUGGGCUUCAUGCGCUCGCUUGACUGCAUACACAACACCGCCUUUGACCAGGCCCUGAGCCAGAUGAUUGUGGAUGCUAAUGCCAUCCACAAGCAAGAGAUGCCACCCAGCUACGUCAAGGCGAAGCAAGAUCCGACCGAAACUAUGCCCGGAUGCUUCCCGAAGGAAUCGGCCAUAGUGGAGAUCCCCGCUGAUGAAGUCGACAUUGAACCUUUAUAUGACUACAGGUUUCCGGAUCCAGAGCCAUCUGACGGGGAGCCGGAGGUUCCAGGGCCUGGCGUUUACAAAAUGGUGCAGCACCCUAAGGGUAUUCUGAAGCCGUCAAAGGCGAGGGACCCCUCUCCGCCCUCGCCGCAGUACGUCGCGACUCCAAAGAGGAACAGAAAACUUUCGUUCAUCAGCCCGGUUUCGAAGUUCAUCCCGCCUUCCCAUAUCCCUACGAAGGUGAUGACGCCACUUGAAGAGGAACAGUUUCUGAACGCCAAGUUGAAGGCAGAAGUAGUCCGCGAUGAGCAUUCAACCCGCGCGUUCGAAGCCCUGAAAACGGUCUCUCGGCAGCCGGACGGGCCGCUCCGGCUCGAAGACAAGUGGAGCUUGGAGGCACUUGAGAGGGACGAUCAAGAGAUGGGACUGACUUACCAUGCUCAGCACUACGGCAGCUUUCUCGAUGGCCUCCGCGAAGAGCUUGAGAAGCGGGUCGAGCGAGACAGUGAAAGACGGGCAAAAACGUUGGCUAGACCGCCGCCACGACGACACAUGGUCCAUAUCCCGCUCCCCCCGCUACCUUCUACCCCCGAAAGGCGUCGUCGGGCAGCCCAUCUUCUCGAACAUGACAGCAGCAGUCCGGCAGUCUCCACUCCAGGGACCAACCCUCUGUCACGCCUUGGGCCGGCAGAGCAACCCCCCAAGCCAUCCGAGAAGAAUCGUGGUCCCCGCAGUCUCGAGGAGUUCUUUGCAGAGGAGGAAGAUGAUUUGGCAAUCUCUACUCUGAAACUUGAGCAGCUCCAGAUCGACCGUCAGAUUGGAGAGGAGUUAGAGACAAGCGUGCAGCGAGAGAUUGAGGAAAAGCGAAAACGCAAGGAGGAAGAGGAGCGCCGAGAGAGAGAACGCCUCCUCGAAGAAGAGCGUCGGCGAAAAGAGGAAGAACGUCGCCGGGAGCAAGCAGCUCGGCAACGAAGGGAGGCCGACGAAUUCGCUGCUCUCACCGGUCUAAGACGGCCGGCCCGCCCUCUUAUCACCGCUCUGUCGGACGACUGGGACGCAAGAGUCGCCAAUGCUGCGAGGGCCAAUCCUACUGCCGAGUUGGUCAAGACCCUCGAGGGCCAACCGCUAACCAGGCGGGAUUUCGAAGAGAAGCUUCUUCCGCCGACCGCGUGGCUGAACGACAAUGUCAUCAUUGGCUCGAUCCUUCACAUCGCAGACUACGUCAAUAGAGCAAAGGGCGCGACGGACCAGGAACCCAAAUGUGCCGCCUUUACCUCGUACUUUUGGCCUCGCGUGCUCUCCCAUGGCCCGGGUGGUUGCGGUCGCCUCUUGCGGAGAGCCGGCGUUCGCAAGGCCAACCUUCUUGACAUCGACACGGUCCUCAUUCCCAUCUGCGCACAGUCCCAUUGGACCCUGGCCGUGAUCCGACCUGGGAAGCGCACCGUUGCGCACAUCGACUCGAUGCGCGGGGGUGGUGGGGACGAGAGGGUCAAAGCCAAGCUCCUCGAGCUGGUGCGCUUCAUCCUCGAAGAAAAGUUUGUCGAGUCGGAGUGGCGCGCUGUCGAUUACGAAGCCCCUCUCCAAACCAACGGCUGGGACUGUGGUGUUUUCACGAUUACUAACGCUCUGUGCAUGGCGAUAGGCCUGAACCCAAAGGUUUCCUACACGGAGCGAGAGCUGACGCUGCAGCGUCGACGGCUCGCCGCUGUCUUGCUCAACGAGGGAUUCAAGGGCGAGUUCAGCCUCGAUGGGUUGUGAGUGAGGGACUCGACACAUUGUCCUCUGCGCUAGCGGGAAUAUCUGCGCCUCGAGGAGCUGAACACGUGACAAGAGAGGAGGAUAUA